ACAUUUUUCUUCCUUUCCCAAAACAUGGUCCCUCCUUUGCCUCAUCUUCUUUCUUUUCUUAAUUCAAUAACCACCUAAGCCACCUUGAGGGAUCCUUCAAUGUUGUUGAGGGGUCCCCUCGGUCUCUCUAUCUUCUUUCCUACAUAUCUUUCUUGGGGUUUUUUUAAUUUCUUCUCUAGCCAUGAAUUGCUUUCCCUGUUUCUCAUCACAGAAAAGCAAGAAAACCCCCUGCCAGAAGGAGCAUGAGUUUGAUGCUAAUGAAGCAAAAUCAUUAGGAAAUAGAAAUGAAGAACCCUCGGAUGUUCUUGCUCGAACAUUCCAUUUUCGUGGAUUUGGAAGGGUUUACAAGGGUACAUUUCAAGCCACUGGACAGGUUGUUGCCGUGAAGCAGCUUGACCGGAAUAGUUUGCAAGAAAGUACUGAUUUUGUAACAGAAGUUUCUUCAUGGAGUAAAAUACACCAUCAAAAUUUGGUUAAUUUGAUCGGAUACUGUGCUGAUGGAGAUCAAAGGCUUUUGGUGUAUGAAUUCAUGCCCGGAGGUUCUCUGGAAGAUCACCUCUGCGAUGUAUCACCAAAAAAAAAGUCAAUGGAUUGGGUGACUAGAAUGAAAAUUGCAUUCGGAGCAGCUCAAGCUCUAGAAUACUUGCAUGACCAGGUUAAUCCUUCGAUUAUAUAUCGGGAUCUAAAAUCCUCAAAUGUCUUGUUAGAUGAAGAAAUGAAUCCAAAGCUCUGUCAUUUUGGAUUGUCAAAGCUCUUUGGAGAUAAGAUGCCUAUGCAAGUGAUGGAGACAUAUGGAUUUUGUGCGCCAGAGUAUUCAAGAUCAGAUCAGCUAACUGCCAAAGCAGAUGUGUAUAGUUUUGGAGUUAUUUUACUUGAACUCAUCACGGGUCGAAGAGCUUUGGAUACUACCAAACCGAUUGAUGAACAAAACCUGGUUGCUUGGGCAACACCUAUCUUCAAGGACCCCAAAAAGUAUCCAGAUAUGGCAGAUCCUUUUCUUAAAAAGAGAUUUCCUGAAAGAGGUUUAAAUCAAGCUGUUGCAAUAGCAGCAAUGUGCCUGCAAGAAGAAUCCGCAGCGCGUCCCUUCAUGAGUGAUGUGGUGACUGUACUGAGCUUUCUUUCAGUGGCUACAGAGGAGAAAAUUCCCACUGCUCUUCCUCCGGCCAUCUCAUCUAAGUUAAGUCUAAUCAUUAAGGAUGAAAGAUCCCUAGAACUCAUUUCCCAAGCUGAAGAAGAUGAUGAUUCUUCCAAGAGUUCAGAAACAGAAUCCGAUCAAGAAGAGGAAGAGGAAGAUGAUUUAUCACAUCAAGAAGAAAGCGAUUUUUCAAGUCGCCAGAGCAGUUGGAGAUCUGAAGAUGGAAGUGUUUCUUCUAGUGAGAAAAGCAGGAGAAAGUGCAGCAAGAAAUCACUUUUUUCAAUGAGUAGCAAGAGCAGCAAGAAUUCAGAUUAUGGAAGCUUUUCUUCAAGCAAUAAAGGUAGCAAGAGUUCAACGUACUCAUCAAGCCACAAAAGCAGCAAGAAAUCACAUGAUAGUAGUAGCGAUGAGGAGUCACUAGAAGGCAAUGCUUCUUUGCACCGUCGAAGCACCAAAAAGUCUAAAGGGAGCCGAAAAUCAAAGGGUAAACCUCCACAGAUGGAUCGAAUCAGCAGACGAGGAUUAUUGGAGGAAAGUGAAUGCUCAACCUCAAGCCAGAGGAGCCAAAGGAAAUCCCAUAAGGUAAGUGCUUCUUUUGGCAGCAUCAAUAAGGGACGUGCCCAUCUAGACCGCAAGAGCAGCGAAGGAUCAUAUGAUGGAAGUGUGCACUUGUCAUGAGAACCAACAUCCAUCCUAUUUCCACCCACCUCCAUCAUGCUUGCUUAUAUUUCUUAUGCAAUUUGCUCAGAUAUUUAUAAGGCUAGGCAAUGAAAUGGCCACGUUUUGCUCCAUAUACCAACUUGAAAAUUAAAAUCUUUCUUUAUUUUUUUUGUUUUGAUUUUUAAUAUUUUGUUAUGUGUCUUCGGGACGGGCAAGAUCCCAUAUCUUGAUCAAUUCAAAUCAAAUAUUAGAGCCAUU